AUGCCUCUCUUCGGACACAAGAACACAGAGCCAACCCCUGCGCAGACAACAGCGCCCAGAUACUCAAACUCGUCGGUUGACGGUAGCCCUCGAAGAGGCUUUUUCAACCGGAAUCGUUCAUCUUCUGCCUCCUCGGCAGACUACGACUCGCAUAACCGCCGUCAUGGUUCCAAGACCUCUCGUGGAUCGACCCGGGGUUCUGGCGGUUUGUUCCACCGUAACCACGAAGACCCGUCUAUCAUUGGCGCACGGGAGCGAGUCCUUCAGGCCGAGACUGCCGAGAGAGAGGCGGACCGUGCCCUUGUGCAGGCAAGAGCGGCGGUGAGAGAAGCCAGAGAGCGUGUCAAGAUCCUCGAGCGAGAGGCUGAGGAAGAGGCUCGGUUGGCGAAGAUCAAGCAGUCCCAAGCCAAGGACAUUUCGAAGAGAGCUAAGCCUCUUGGACGUGAGUAUUAUUGCUUCCGCCUGGGUUGA